AUGGAGGAUGACCCCUCUUCAUCUCCCAGACCCGCUCUUGCAAAAGACUCUGUAUCCUUCCGUUCCACCACUGCAGUCCCAGGAGCCAUCCCAGCACACUGCCACAAUGCCCAGACGCUGGCAGCCCUGAAGCACUUGUGCCUGACGAAUACACCCUCUUCCUCCCCUCCCCCCACCACGUAUGAAACAGAGUAUUUAUCCUGCAUAAGAAGGCGUAGUAAACGGAAUGCCCUGGCUCUGGGCGAUAAUGGUGAUCUGCUUGAGCCCCAAGGGGAGAAAAUGAGCGCCGCCUGCAGGAGUCAGUCACUACCCCGGCUCCGCACCCAGCACGUUUUGCCCGCAUUCAGCAGUUCCGAGGGCGCUCCCGGGGCGCACAGGGAGGCGGCCCCUCCCGGGUCGCUGUGGGCGGGGGCUGCUCCGCCCGCGCCACCAUCUUUGGUGUGGGUKCGGGCGGCGGCGUCGGUGCCGGGGCAGAGCCGCCAUGUCGGGCGAGGGCAAAGCGGCGCCUCCAUGACGAUUCUUCAAGCUUCAAGAGAGGGUGGGGACAGCAGAACCCUGGGUCUCCUGGAGACCGUGAUGGAUGACCUUCAGUGGGAAAUKGACAAGAUCUGCAAGAGGGAGCAGAGGCUCAACCAGCACCUGGCUGAUGUCCUGGAAAAAGUAAAUUCCAAAGGCUACAAGGUAUAUGGAGCUGGGAGCAGCCUCUAUGGGGGAACAAUUAUCAUUUAUGCCUUCAAGUUUGAGGAGAUGAAUGCAGAACUGGAAGAGAAUAAAGAGGUUGCUGGGAAUCGUCUUAAUGAAUUGAAGAAACUGCACCAGGAUUUCGAGGAAGUAACAACACAGAAUGAAAAACUCAAGGCCCAAUUAAUCGGGAGAUGCGUCACCUCAUCAGCAGCCUCCAGAACCACAACCACCAGUUGAAGAGAGGUGUUGAGAUGCAAGCACAAGCUGAGAGAGGCCCAGUCUGACCUGAGCAAAGUAACGCAGCCGGAAAUGACAGAAAAAGGGGAAAAGUGCUUAGGAGAAGAGGGAAUGCUGUCACCCUUGCCAGCAAUAUCAACCUUUCUGAUACCCUGUGCAGGAUGCAGUGAAAGUUUCUGUGGAACUCUGCUCUCUGCUGCUUCCUUUCACCAAAUGAAUGCUCUUCCUUUGUAGCUGUGUAGUGCUCCAUGAAAAGUAGUAGCAGUUACAAAGGGGACAUAGAAGCAUGGAUCUGGGAAGGCAAGGGAGAAGGGCGUAAGGAAGAUUUCUGGCUGAGAGCUUAAAGGUUUGUUUUCUUUUAAUCUCUCUUGCUGUUUCACUCCAGAUCCACUCUCGCAGUGGCAGUGCUCUCCUGCAGUCCCAGUCCAGCACUGAAGACACAAAGGAGGAAC